UUGGCCAGCCAAAUUCUUGAAUCAAAACGGAAUUGGUUCUCUCAUUCUUUGAUUCGAUUGGGUUUUCAGUUUUGAGGAAAAAUCUUCCAGUUUUGGGGGAAUUUUUGUUUUCGAACACUAAUUUGGCUUAACAUUUCAUUGGCUUCCGUCAUACACCUGUAGGAAUUCGUGUUUGAUAUGAACGAUUCUUCAGAUUCUUCAUUUUCUUUCCAGACCAAAAGGCAGCAGCAAUUCAAAUUUCCGUUGGCGCCCCGCAGGAAGCGCAGGAAGAACACGGUUGAAGAAGCAGUUCUGCACGUCAAGUGUCUCGGCCUGCCUUUGAUUUCACCAUCCAGCGGUCAAUUUUGUGUGUCCCUUUGCCUUGAGCCCUAUAAACCCUACACCAUUGGCCGGAAAGUCAACUUGUGCGAUUUUGUAUUCGCCGAUCGCCGUGUGAGCAAAGUUCAUUGCCAACUUCUUUUUAAUUCUUGGGAGAAGAAGAUAUAUUUGUCGGAUGGGUUGUUACUUGGUUGCAGUGAUUCCUUUUCCAGGUUUUCAAAUAAUGGUACUUUUGUUAAUGGGGAUAGAAUUAGAGGAGUUGUUGAGUUGCGCGUUGGUGAUCAUGUUCAACUUGUUUGUGGUAAGGGAGGUGCCUGUAAGUUGGAUUCCAAAAUUGGAUUUUCUUUGCAAAAAGCUGUUUUUCGAGAGGAGGUUAUUAAUGGAAGUUUGAGUCAAUUUGCAGAGUCUAAACAUAAUGUCUUCAGAUUGGACUGCUGUAAAGCAGCCGAUAACACUAGAGUGCUUUUGAGUAAGUGUAAAGAUAUAUUAGUUAACGACGACCCUGUAUCAUAUAUUCAUAAGCAAAUUGUUCUUGAACCGGAGAGUAGGAUUGAUAGUUCUUGUAGAAAUGACCUCAAAAGGUACAAUGAAGUUUCAUGUGAUAAUAUUUUAAGGUCUUGUUCUAGUCGGGGGCCACAGAUUGGAAGCCAAAACCAGAAAAGGGUGUAUCCUGGUGAGGUUGAAGAUGUUAAUAAUUGUGAGAGUAAUUCCAAGGAAAAAGUUGAAGUUGUUUUAGAGGAAAAGAAGUUCAAGGGGUCUAAUGCUGCCCUUGCUGAUGGUUUUGACACUUUAAACCAAACAAGGAGUUGUAUUGUUGAUUUUGGUGGUGAUAAUUCCUCUGGUUUGCCUUUGGACAAUCUGGAUUGCUCUCAUGGCAAAAAACUUUUGGAUGAGAGCUUUGAUACUUGUGUUAUGCCACCAGGGAAGAAGUUUUAUUUGAAUCGUUUGCUGUACGGCGGGCAAGACACAGAGCAGGCUGCUAAUGUUGUUUCAUUGCCAGAGCUCUUACAUCCGAUUGAAAGUAUCAAUUGGAUAUUUAUUGCUACAUUUACCUGUGAUAUAUUGUGGUUCCUAACUUACUGCAAGAUUCCUCCUCAGUUACCAGUGACAAUUGCUUGUCAUAGUUCUGAGAGGUGUUGGAAGUCAGAACCUGAUAAAAGAACCUCUGUCCCAUACUCAAAUUUUCCGAAUUUAACUGUUGUGUACCCUCCAUUUCCUGAAGUUAUAGCUUUUAACAAAGAUCGAAGGAACACGGGCAUUGCUUGCCAUCAUCCAAAAUUAAUUGUAUUGCAAAGAGAAGAUAGGUUGCGUGUUGUAGUUACAUCUGCAAAUUUGGUGCAAAAUCAGUGGCAUAAUGUGACCAAUUCAGUCUGGUGGCAGGACUUCCCACGAUUGACCAUUCCCAACUGCCUUUCCCUUUUCACUCAAUUAUCUACUGGGGAAACCAAUAUAGAUUCGAGCUGUGAUUUUGCUGCUCACUUGGCUGGAUUUAUGGCAUGUUUACUAGUUGAUAUGCCUAGCCAGGCACAUUUGGUUUUAGAGUUGAUGAAAUAUGAUUUCAAAGGAGCUGCUGGCUACUUGAUUGCUUCGGUACCAGGAGUUUAUUCACGUAGAAGUUCUGUUGUAUAUGAGUCGAAAAAUUGCUUGGUGGGUCAUGGACACAAGCUACAGUCAUCUGGUGCUAGGUUUCUUUCUUCUGUAGAAGCUUCUGUUGUUGGUCUGAGCCAUAUCUAUCGAACAUCGGUGGAUUCUAAUGGUCAACAAUUAAAGAAAUUGGCUCUAUUUCUUGGAAAAUGUGAAGAGAACAUUGAUGGAAUGUCGGAGAUUGUUUUGAGAAGAGAUACAUAUAUACUAGCAGAUAGAAAUGCUGUCAGUGUGCAUCUUCCUAACCCAGAUGUUUCUAUGGGAGAUUCAGUUCAGCUUGGGUUUCUACCGAGGAAUGUAGCAAAAUGGGUGGCUCCACUUGUUGAUAUUGGCCUUUUUGCAUUUUCCGGAUAUAUUAAUCCUAAGGAAGUUCUUGCAGUAGCCUUAGAAGGAAGCAGCAAUAAUGUGAAACUAAUUCUUUAUGCACAUGUGGGUCCUUCUUUUUCUAAUAUUUCAGAUGUUACACAACUUGAUCAUCUUUAUGCAAUAUGCACACUUAUUUCAUCAAGUCAGAGGCAUUUGGGACUUUGGCGCCUUGAGGAGGUCUUGGGCCAGUACAAGUGGCCAGAACAUAUGAAAUCAGACUUUAUGUUUGGUUCAUCCUCAGUUGGAUGUCUGAAUGCACAAUUUUUAGCUGCAUUUUCAGCUGCGGCAGGAAAAAGAUCUGCUCCAUUUUCCGAUUCUCAGGAAUCAGAUCCUGAUUGGGGUUCUUGGACUGCCAGUCAAGAGAUGAAAAAUCCUUCAAUGAAAGUUGUAUUUCCCAGCAUCGAGAGAGUGAAGAGGAAUAGAAAUGGGAUUAUGGCUUCUAGGCGCAUCUUGUGCUUCUCACAGAAAACAUGGCAGAGGAUGGAAAAACUUGGCAUUCUCCAUGAUGCUGUUCCUUAUCCCGAUGAUAGAACUGGUUUUCCUAUGCACACCAAGGUGGGACGGAGAAGGUUCCUCUGCCCGGACGGGUCAUCAUUUGGAUGGGUGUACUGCGGAUCACACAAUUUCAGCGCAGCUGCAUGGGGCCGUCCGCUGUCCAACCCACAACCAAACAGGAGCACGAGACACAACUCAAAAGCAACAGGCUCGAGACUCCACAUUUCCAACUACGAACUUGGCAUUAUUUUCGUGGUUCCGCCUCCAGACACAAACCAGCACAGCAGCCGCAGCCUGGAUGAUAUUGUUCUGCCAUUUGUUGUCCCUCCACCGAAAUACAAACAGGGAGACAAGCCGGCUACGGCACAGGCGAUGAGAGAAGCUGUGGCACAACUGUCAGAGCAAGAAAGGCAGAUAGCCGACACAAUCGAGGAGGAAGGGGAUGAUGAUGAUGAUGAUGCAAUGGAGGAAGAUGAAGGAAUGGAAAAUGAGGGAGGAUACCUGCAGGUCGUAGGGGUGGAGGAAAGGGAAGAAGAAAAGGAUUAUGCAGAUACACUUUGGCACCAAGUUUUAGGAUAAAUCUUAGAUGAAAAGGUUACUUCAUCACCCUAUUCUUUUAUUCCUUACAUACAUAAUUGUUAUUAUUAUUGUUGGCUGUAGUUAUUGUGUUGAAAUAUAGGUGAAAGGAGUAUCAUAUAUUUUUUUUUAAUCAUUAACUAAGGUUUUACUUUUUAUCAUUUUAAACCAA